AUGGCGUUCUCGCAAUCACUGGACAUCGACGAGAGCGCCUUGCGGGAGCUAGAUCAUUUGGUUGUUGCGCCGCCAGCAGAAACAGCAGCCAAGGAGCCGAAAUGCAACGCCAGCCGGGAAAAUUAUUCCGAGUAUUUUCAGGACGAAUUUUCGUUCGUGAUCAAUCAGGAAGAAAGGAAGCAGGGGGAUCCGGAAAAUGCCGACAUCUCGUCUGUUUUCGAAGCGCAGGUGUGCACAGAAGAUGUCUGCUCAGAGAGGAAUGAAGAAGCUGAGGAGCCGCCCAAUCUAGAUGAGAGCAGCUUCCUCUGUCCCGUAAGGGAUGAGGAGUCCUUCAAACAAUUGGAGGUGGAUCUCUUGCGUAGUCGUACGACGGCCAAGGGAUCCCCGGACAUGUCACGCACUCCAAAGUCCAGGGAAACUACAAUGAUAACCCAGAAUCUUAGCAAAAUGUCGCCGAACCAGCUUCUGGUAUCGCAGACCCCACCAAACGCGAGUAUCUGCCAGGCAGUGAAUGUACCGCCCAAUGUACCAGUCGACGUGGAAGCACUCAAGUCGCUCUCAGCCUGGAAUCUUCCGCACAGUAUCCUGGCCGAGUACAAGAGGAAGGGCGUUGUCCAAAUGUUCGACUGGCAGGCCGAGUGCCUCAGCAAGCCUCGCGUUGUCUUUGAGCAUUGCAAUCUGGUCUAUUCGGCGCCCACAUCGGCAGGCAAGACGCUUGUUAGUGAAAUACUUCUCCUGAAAUCGGUCCUGGAGCGGGGCAAGAAGGUUCUCGUCAUACUGCCCUUCAUCUCGGUGGUGCGCGAGAAGACAUUCUACCUGCAGGAUCUUCUGACGCCCGCGGGCCAUAGGGUGGAAGGCUUCUUUGGGGGCUACACACCACCCGGUGGCUUCGACAGCAUAGACGUCGCGAUUUGCACGAUAGAAAAGGCCAAUUCCAUAGUCAACAAGCUUAUGGAGCAGGGAAAGCUGGAUGUAAUCGGCACUGUGGUGGUCGAUGAGGUACAUCUCAUAUCGGAAAAGGGUCGCGGCUACAUACUGGAGCUCUUGCUGGCCAAGAUUCUGUACAUGUCCCGCAAGAAUGCCCUCCAGAUCCAAGUGAUCACGAUGUCGGCUACCCUGGCGAAUGUGGAACUCCUGCGCCGUUGGCUGGAUGCCGAGCUGUACAUCACAAACUAUCGCCCAGUGGCCCUGCAGGAGAUGAUCAAAGUGGGCACCAAAAUCUAUGAUCAUCAGCUGGAAUUUCAGCGCGAUAUCGCCCAGCAGUCAGAGGUGCCAUGCUUGACCAACGAUUCGGAUCAUGUGGCCCAGCUGUGCAUCGAGACCCUGCUCGAGGGCUGUUCCGUCAUUGUAUUUUGCCCAUCACGAGACUGGUGCGAGAGCCUUGCGGUGCAGCUUGCCAUAGCCAUUCAUGGUCUCAUCAAAUCGGGCACAGAACUGAGUCGACGCCUUCGGUCUAAUCUCAAUCCAGAGGCCAUUGAAGAUGUGAAGCAGCAGCUGCGGGAUAUACCCACAGGACUCGAUAGUACCAUGUCCAAGGCCGUUACCUAUGCCUGCGCGUUCCACCAUGCCGGGCUUACCACAGAAGAGCGCGACAUUGUCGAGGCCUGCUUCAAGGCUGGAGCCCUGAAGGUUCUCGUGGCCACAAGCACUCUUAGUUCGGGGGUCAAUCUGCCGGCGCGUCGCGUCAUCAUACGGUCCCCCCUCUUUGGAAAGAACCAGAUGAGUUCCCUCACAUAUCGCCAGAUGAUCGGCAGAGCUGGACGCACGGGAAAGGAUACGCUGGGCGAGUCCAUACUGAUUUGCACGGAAUCCAAUCAAAGGGUGGGUCGUGAUCUUGUCCAGGCGCAGCUACAGCCCAUUUCUUCUUGCCUGGAAAUGGAUGAAAGUACGCAUCUAAAACGAGCGCUCCUGGAAGUGAUUUCUUCUGGUGUGGCCAGCACGAGGCAGGAAAUCGAUAGCUUCGUCAACUGCACUCUACUGAGUGCUGAGAAGGCCAUGGCCAAGCUGUCCGAAGAGCAGCAGGUGCAGGGUGGCGAGGACUGCAGCUCGCAUUUCAUCGACGAUGUCCUGGACUUUCUCAUUGACUACGAGUUCAUUCGCCAUCAAGUGGACGAGGAGGCGGGAACAGCGAACUAUGUGGGCACCCACCUAGGAGCCGCCUGCUUAGCAUCUUCCAUGCCGCCCGGCGAUGGCCUCAUUCUUUUCGCAGAGCUGCAGAAAGCGCGCCGCACCUUUGUGCUGGACACAGACCUGCAUGCUGUGUACCUAGUGACGCCCUAUUCAGUGUGCUACCAGCUGCAGGAUCUGGACUGGCUGCUCUACCUCGACAUGUGGGAGAAGCUCAGCCCAGCCAUGAAGAGAGUGGGGGAGCUGGUGGGCGUCAAGGAGGCCUUCCUAAUAAGGGCCAUGCGGGGCCAAAGCAAGCUCGACUACAAGCAGAUGCAGAUACACAAGCGCUUCUACACGGCUCUGGCCCUGAAAGAGCUGAUCAACGAGACACCCAUUAAUGUGGUGGCCCACAAGUUCAAGUGCAAUCGCGGCGUACUGCAGGGACUGCAGCAAAUUUCUUCAACCUUUGCUGGCAUUGUGACGGCCUUUUGCAAAUCGCUGAAGUGGUCCACCAUCGCCCUGAUUGUGGAACAGUUCAAGGACAGACUGUUCUUCGGCAUACAUAUUGAUCUGAUCGAUCUUAUGCAGCUGCCAGACCUGUCACAGAAGCGAGCCCGUGCCAUCUAUGAUGCUGGCUUCACCACCGUGGUGGAAUUGGCGGGUGCCGAUGCCCUGGUCCUCGAGAAAGUCCUCUACAACUCUCUCAGCUUUGACUCGGCCAAGCAGCACGACCACGAAAAUGCCCACGAGGCAGCCAAGCGUAAUAUGGUUAGGAAUAUCUUCAUUACCGGCAAGGCAGGCAUGACCGUGGCUGAGGCUGCCAAGUUGCUGAUUGAUCAGGCGCAAAAAUAUAUGCAGCAUAAGAUCGGUGUGGACAGCAUUAAGUGGAACCAAAAUCAAAUAGAGAGCGGAGAACUGCCCAAGUCAGCCGAUAGCGGCAUGAAUGUCGAGUUGCACAUGUCAUUGGAGGAUGAGCAAUCGCAGCAAAUGCGCCAAUCAAAACGGAAGUCGACAGAUAAAGAAGGGACUAUAACGCCACCGAAAAUCACGAAGAUCGAUACCACGAGAGACUUUAAUGCUGUUAAAAACAUACCACAAAAACCGGCAGGCAAUUACGCGAAAAAGACAAAUAAUCCAUCAGGAAAUACUUUGAAGAGCACAGAUCACAUUAAGGAAAGGGCACAGAGAGUACCAGUUGCUUCCCAUUGGCUUACUCCAAAGAAUACACAAAAAACGAAUAAUAUUUCCAAGGGAGUACCCACUGAGAACACCGUUCAAAAAAAAGAAAAUCAUCAAGUGAUGAUGCGUCAGCAAAGGGCCGUGGAUUUACCAACCUCUACUCAAAAAAAUACACAAAUAUCUAACAAUACCUCAAAGGAAGUGAGUCCUUCAGUAAUGAAAGAAAACUUGAAUCGUGUACCCCCCAAAAAAGUGCAAAAUGCGGAAAAGUCAGACGAAAAAACCCCGUGUCCAAGUAAGAUAUCGGAGCACCCCCUGCAAAAGGUAGAACAUCGAUCAGUGAAUGCGCGGAUGAUGACACGUCGGAGUACAGUACAUCACAUUGAGCAAAAAGCAGUAGAUCUACCAGUCGCCUCAAAUUUGAAAAACAACAUCUCAAAGGGGGAUGAGCGACUGAAAGAAAUACUGUCAGACCAGAACCCCCUGCAAAAGAUAGACAAUACGCCGAUGAUAACACGACGGAAGACAGUAGAUCACACUGACGAAAAGGAGAAUAGAAUUUCUUCUCCCGGGUUUGAUGAGGAAAAGCCCAGCACAAGCAGGGCCGUUCGCGAAGAGCUACAGAAGAAACAAAUUGCGGAGAACCGUCGGAUUGCAGUUAUGAAGUUAAACCAGAGACGAGGCCAAUUGGAGACUGUGCACACAAAGGAUGCAUCUGCAGAAACGUCCGCUGUGGCUGGGAAGACUCAAACUCCUCGAAGCAGAAGUAAUCCACAAGUAAAUGGGAUUUAUGCUACUCAAAUGGAGUCUGAGCGAAAGCCCUCUGCAAAAGUACCCAUAGAGCAGGAUAUCUUUAGUGGCGAUGAUUCGUUUCUGCUGAGCACAGGGGUGACUGCUGCUCUAACCGCCGCUGAGAGUAAACAAACUGUUCCUACGUCGAACUCGGAUGCGGAUGAGAUACCCAGCUCGCAACCGAGGGAGGAGGAAGGGAUGAAUAACCAUCCGACGACACCGCAUACCUCCAGGCUCAUGAGUAUCUACCAGAUUCUGCGCUCGCAGCGCCUGCAAAGCCCAAGAUCAUCGCUAAGUUCCACUGGGACCGCAUCCUGUUCAGCAAGGAGCACGCAGAGCUCUGGAUCAUUGUUCACGCCCUGCGAAACUGCGAAAGACUCGGCAUCGAAGAACACACCAAAUGGGGCCUCCUGUGCGGAACUCGCCGAAAUGUCCAAUGCUGCUGGGAUGGACUCGAAUGAAGCCUCUUCUAUUAAACUGUCCGAUAUGUCCGCGGAAAACUCUCUGAUGAAGCAUCCCUUUCAGCUGAACUCUUCGCACGUCAUGAGCUUCUCCACGACGGAUGACACGGCGCUCAGCUUCGACAGAAUUGAAAUAAUCGACAUGUGCGCCAAUCGACAGUUGUUUCAAAUGGCUCUCAAGGAACUACUGGCUGCCUCACGUUGUGGAUUCAGUGUAGGCCUUGAAUCGCAGGCGGGAAAGGCGAAGCCUUUGAUCGGAGCCAACCUGCUGAUCAACCAGUUGGCUGCGGCGGAGCAGCGUGAAUCAGUUGCCGGCAAACAGGCCCUCUUCCAGGUCGAUGAUAGCAGCUUCAUAGCAGGCUUGUCCUUUUGCCUGGCCGACAAUGUUGUCUAUUAUAUGUGCAUGCAGGAGGAGGAGGGCCAGCAAGUCCCCACCAGGCUCAAGGUGCAGGAGCUGUGCAAGUUGAUGGAUCGCCCAGAACUCACCCUCCUAGUGCACGAUGCGAAGGAACAGGUGAAAGCGCUGCUUCAUGGCGUCCCUCAGUUGCAAAACAUCGGCAUUAAGGUAGAGGAUCCCAAGGUGGGCCACUGGCUGUUGGAGCCGGACAAGACAGUCUCCUUUAAAAAUAUGUGCCAACAGUUCGCUCCCGAGUGCACAGCGCUAGCCAAUCUCUGCGGCAGCGGACGCGGAUACAGCAGCCAUGGGCUUGACAGCUCCAGCGCCAUCCUGCCCAAAUUGCGUGCCUCUAUAGAGGCCUGUGUUACAGUGCACAUACUCAAAGGACAGAUCGAGAAUCUAGAGAGAAUUGGUCAGCUGCUAAAGAUCUUCAGAGAGGUGGAAAUGCCUAUUCAAAUCGUACUCUGCAGAAUGGAGUGCGUCGGCUUUCCGGCCAAGCACCAACGGAUGGGUAGGCUCAUAAAGCACAUGCUGGACACCUUGAAUAAGGUGGAGAUCAAGAUCUAUAAAAUGCAUGGCUCGAAGUUCAAUCUGGGCUCCACGCAGGCCGUUGCCAAUGUGCUGGGACUUCACAGGAAGCCACAUGGUCGCGUGAGCACAUCGCGUCAAGUGCUGGAGAAACUGGGCUCGCCGAUAUCCGAGCUAAUACUGAACCAUCGAAAGCUGAACAUGCAAAUAGUCAAGGGUAUGCAGCCACUGAUUAGAUGCUGCAAAGCGAAUAGGAUCCAUGGCCACAGCAUAACGCACACGGCCACAGGACGAAUAUCCAUGAGUGAGCCCAAUCUGCAGAAUGUGGCCAAGGAUUUUGACAUUCGAAUGGGACCGGAUUCGGUUCGUAUUUCCUGUCGAUCAGUAUUCAAGUCCAUGGACGAGAAGCGCUGUCUGCUAUCGGCGGACUUCUGUCAGCUGGAGAUGCGCAUAUUGGCGCAUUUGUCGCAGGACAAGGCCCUGGUGUCUGUGAUGAAUUCCCCGCAGGACCUGUUUACGGCCAUUGCUGCCCACUGGAACCACAUACCCGAGGCGGAAGUAACCGAACAAAUGCGCAGUGGCACCAAACAGAUUUGCUAUGGAAUUGUAUAUGGCAUGGGCAUGCGGAGCUUGGGCGAUGCUCUUCAAUGCACAGAAUCGGAGGCGCAAUUAAUAUGUGAACAGUUCCACCAGUCCUAUCCAGGCAUCAGAGCAUAUACGGAAAAAGUCUUGAAGUUUGCCAGAAAACUGGGCUACGUGGAGACCAUAACGGGUCGGAGGCGCUAUCUAGACCACAUCAAUAGUGGCGAACAAAAUCUAAUAAAGCAAGCCGAACGUCAGGCCGUAAAUACAACCAUCCAAGGCUCUGCAGCCGACAUUGCCAAAAGAGCAAUUUUGGAUAUGGAUAAGAACAUCGGUCGGUAUUGGAAGAAGCUCGGUGUCGAGGAGAAUUCCAUCCAAUUGGUUCUCCACAUCCACGAUGAGCUGGUCUAUGAGGUACCCGAAGCCAAGGCCAAGAGGAUUGCCAAAUUCUUGGGUCUGACCAUGGAGAGCAUUGGCAAAGGGAAGCUGACCGUGCCGCUGAAGGUAAAGAUUAAAAUGGGUGAGAGUUGGGGCGAAAUGCAUGAACUUCGCGUAUAGCUGCUGAAUACGGUAAUAAAAUGGUUGUGAUUAUUUA